ACUGACGUCAUCAUUGCGCGCCGGUUGUAAACAGAGGAUGUAGUUUAUCCGGAACUUGGCCGGGUCGGCACCGGUAGGUUCUGCUGGAGUCCAGCUGACCUGGAGCAGCUGACUGGUUCGGUUCGGUUCAGGAACUGUCCGGUUCGGAGAGUUCUUCUGGGUCAUGUUGGGUUAUUUGAACGGAACCUGAAGACCAACCGGCUUCAGUCUGAGCUGACCCGGUUCGGCACGCCAUCAUCAUCAUCAGAACCGAGUCGGAACCUGGGCUCGAACUCAGCCUUCGGAACCAAAAUGCGAUUCAAGAUGGCCGCCCUGUUCCUCCUCCUGGUUCUGGUUCUGGUUCUCUUCCUCCAGCGGUUCUCCUCCUCAUCGUCCUACCGGCCGCCGCCGCCGCACCGACCCGCCUCACACAGAACCGAACCGGACCGGCCCGGUUCCUCUGAAGGAGACGGACUCCAGUACGAAGUCAUGUUUGAUGCUGGGAGCACUGGGACCAGAGUCCACGUGUUCCGGUUCCAGAUGGGGAACCCAGGGUCUCCCAGUCUGGACCGGGAGACGUUCCGGGCCAUAGAACCGGGCCUGUCCGCGUACGCCGACGACCCGCAGAAGUGCUCCGCCGGCAUCGUGGCGCUGUUGGACCUGGCCCGCUCCGUCAUCCCCCCGUCCCAGUGGACCAGAACCCCCGUGGUUCUGAAGGCCACGGCCGGCCUGAGGCUGCUGCCUGGAGACCGGGCCGAGCAGCUGCUGGACCGGGUGAGGGCGCUGUUCCAGGAGUCUCCCUUCCUGUCCACGGAGGACAGCGUGUCCAUCAUGGACGGAACCGACGAAGGGAUCUCAGCCUGGAUCACCAUCAACUUCCUGACAGGCGGGCUACAGGGUCUGGACCGGCCCACCGUUGGGAUGUUGGACCUCGGCGGCGGCUCGACCCAGAUCACCUUCAGUCCCCGCCAUGAGAAAACCAUCCAGACGUCGGCGAUUGAUGACAUCAGAUCCUUCCAGAUGUUCAACCGCGCACACACCGUCUACACACACAGCUAUCUGGGUCUGGGUCUGAUGUCGGCUCGGCUCGCUGUCCUUGGAGGCGUGGAGGUUUCCCCCUCAGGGGGCAGCACUGAGCGGGUCAGCCCCUGCCUUGCUCCAGAGUUCUCGGGCAGCUGGGAACACGCUGACGUCAUCUACACCCUGAAGGGCCAGAAGGAAGGGGAGCCGGUUUACGAGGCGUGCCUGAACAAAGUCCAGAAGGUUCUGUACAGGAAGCUGAGCGCGGCGCCUGAGGCGGCGGACGUCGACUUCUACGCCUUCUCCUUCUACUACGACCGCGCCGUCGACCUCCAGGCCAUCGAUGAGGUGGCGGGCGGAACCAUCAGAGUGUCGGACUACGGCCAGGCUGCAGAGAGAGUGUGCCGCGGCCCGCCGGACCUCCAAAACCCGUUUCUGUGUCUGGACCUGGUCUACAUCUCGGUUCUGCUGCAGGAGCUCGGCUUCCCGGCCCACAAGCAGCUCAGGCUGGCCCGGACCGUCCGCCAGGUGGAGGCCAGCUGGGCCCUCGGCGCCGCCUUCCAGCACCUGGAGGUCCUCAGGAGACACUGAUGCUUUUAUUCUGAAGGGCUCUACACGACAUCCAGGCGACCUCUGACCUGCAGCUGGAUCAUCAAGGCGCCAUGGAGACAAACAGAAGCUGUGACCUAUGACCUAACUGUCUGGGUCGGUUCUGGACCAGAACCGCUGAGGGGUACCGACAGGUCUGCAUACAGGACAGGACAGGACCAGGUCUGGUUCUGAACGGUACUAAUUGGACUCUUGGACUGGUUCUGGUUCUUUUGGGUUUUCUUUGUGAAUAAAGCUGUGAACUUUGA